AUGGGCAUCCAAGGCAAGAAGCCAUCUAGGAGCAGUCUUCUGCCACUGCUAAAGAGCAUACAAAAGCCAACACACCUUCGGAAUUUUGCUGGUCAGACAUUGGGUAUUGAUGCCUAUGGCUGGCUGCAUCGUGGCACAGUUGCGUGCGCUAUCGAACUCGCCCAGCAGAAGCCGACCAGGAAGCAUAUUGAGUUCGCACUCAGCCGUGUGCGGAUGCUUAUACACUUUGGCGUGAAGCCUUUCCUGAUCUUCGAUGGCGACUAUCUACCGAGCAAAUCUCAUACAGAGAGGGACCGCGCUACGAGACGGAAGGAGAGUAAGCGUGCAGGCCUGGAGCUCUUACGCAUGGGACGAGUAUCGCAGGCGCAUCUGGAGUUGCAAAAAGCGGUCGAUGUCAGUCCGUUGAUGGCACGAGAGCUUAUCGAAGAGCUGAAGAGACUGGACGUGCCAUACAUCGUGGCACCCUACGAAGCAGACAGUCAACUAGCAUAUCUGGAGAAGCAGGGCAUUAUAUCUGGCAUAUUGAGCGAGGACUCGGACCUGCUCGUCUUUGGCGCGCAAUGUCUGCUCACAAAGCUGGAUCAAUACGGCGAAUGCAUCAUGAUUAAUCGCGCUGACUUCACGGCUUGCCGAGAGAUCAGCUUGGUGGGCUGGGCGGACAAGGAGUUCCGGAUGAUGGCCAUGCUGAGUGGGUGUGAUUACCUGCCAGGUAUAGAGAAGAUGGGAUUGAAGACUGCGUACAGGCUCGUACGGAAGCACAAGGCUGUUGAUCGUGUUGUGAGAACAGUGCAAUUCGAUGGAAAGAUGAAAGUGCCUCCAGGGUAUCUGGAGGCUUUCACGAGGGCCGAGCAGACGUUUCUGUACCAAUGGGUAUUCUGUCCUGAAGCCCAGGCACUCGUCAAUCUCAAUGCCAUACCAGCAGAGCUCGAUGCAGAGGACAUGCCAUACAUCGGUCAUUCAGUCGAGCCUCAGAUCGCUGCUGGUGUCGCGGUGGGCGAUCUGGACCCUAACACAAAGCAACGACUAGUACUGCCAGCACGGCAACCUCAGCAGCCGCUGUCUCGCACGAGAUCAGCUCAAACGCCGGACGACAAGCAAGGCAAGACCAUUGCAGAGUUCUUCAAAGCAAGACGGACGCCUCUCGCCGAGCUCGAUCCGAACUCGUUCACACCCUCUCCAAGUCAGCAACGCUUGCUAGAGUCGCAACGCACCACAUCAUGGUCAGCUUCGCAGAUACAGACGGCACCGAUCUCCGCCAUCGGCCGAUUAUCACCAGCCAUACCACCACCGUCUGCUCCUCAGCCGCUGCGGCGGACCGUCACUGCUCCAACUGCCUUAGGGCCUCGAGCAUCGCCUAAGAGGCAGCGUCUGUGUUCAGAGAGAUUGUUAGGUUCCCCCGAGAAACAUGCGACGGGAUCACAGGCCGCCACGAGCCGCUUCUUUUCCAAACAAGCGGUACAGCCUAGCCCAUCAUUGCGGAAGGUGUCAGGGCAGAGGAAGCAGGACAACUUCGAGAUUUGGACCGACUUGAAGACUACGAUCAGCCCACCAGCGGAGCUCGAAGCAAAAAUGCCGAUCACUACCACACCGUCGCCGAAGAAACGCAAGAAGGUCGUCGUCUAUAGUGAUGCGCCGCGCGAUACCAUCGAGCUUAACAAGCAGACUGCGGACCAUAGGUCACUGGAGACGGAACCCGAGCGAGUGCCUGGGCACAAUUCCCUUCUCACGACUUCACGGCCCCCGGACGAGGUAGCCCUGCCCUACAACGUGUUCAGUAAAGGCAUCAACACAGCCUUCGCAGAUCUGAGGUCGAAGUGGGAAUUGAAGCCUGAAGCACAGCCGCGUCCUUCCGCGAGAGCAGCAGCUCCACCUCUAUAUGAUAUGCAACCAAACGCUAUACUCGGCAGAGCAUUGACAUCGUCUUCUACCUCGCUACGCAAGAUUCAGGUCGUAGCGAACCCGACAGUCGUUGAGACACUUGUAGCUGGAUCUUCACCAAUUCUUGGCCCAAGUGCAGUCGAUAUCGACAACGCUGAGGAUGUGGAACAUUGGUCGAUGUUGCAGGAGCGAGCAAGGACGCCAGAUCAUGUGCUGAACGCCAAAGGUAGUGAAGACUUCCUUGUACCGAAUAGUCCUGCCAGAAGUGAAGUUGACGAGGCGCAUGUACGGCCGAAGCUGAAUCUUGGGCAUUUUGCGUUCGCCGGAUGA